AUGGCCUCUUAUUGGACAUUUCUGUUUGUUUGUCUAUUAUGUGCUGAGGGACUUUACUCGUCAGUUUCACCUCUAUCAGGUUUGACAGAGGUGGACAUCGAUGAUGGAAAAGACUGGGAUAUCGUUGACAUAAAUGAAGAAGCAGGACUUGAUCUGGUAGAGGGAGACAUAGAGAUUAAAAAGGGAGAUGGCAAGAACAGCAUUUUGGGUGAAGAGUAUCGUUGGCCGACCACUGUGCCUUACUACCUGGAGGACAGCUUAGAGAUCAAUGCUAAAGGAGUGAUCCUAAAAGCAUUCGAGCAAUACCGACUCAAGACUUGCAUUGACUUCAAACCCUGGAGUGGCGAGCCAAACUACAUUUCUGUAUUCAAAGGUUCUGGGUGUUUUUCGUCUGUGGGGAAUCGUCAUGUAGGGAAGCAGAGGUUAUCAAUUGGCAGAAACUGCGAUCGCCUUGCAACUGUCGAGCAUGAGUUCCUGCACGCGCUAGGUUUCUGGCACGAACAAUCCAGAGCCGACCGAGAUGAUUAUGUCAACAUCAUGUGGGACCAGAUUGAAGCUGGUAAAGAGCACAACUUCAAAACCUAUGAUGACACAGUCUCCAGCGCUCUCGGAUUUCCUUAUGACUACACCUCUGUCAUGCACUACAGUAAGACUGCCUUUAAUAAGGACACCAAACCGACCAUUGUCACUAAGAUUCCAGAGUUCCUGGAUAUGAUUGGCCAGCGCAUGGAGUUCAGUUCCAGUGACGUGGGCAAACUAAACAGGCUGUAUAACUGCACCACAUCAUCUACCUUCAUGGACUCCUGUAGCUUUGAGCAGCCCAAUAUCUGUGGUAUGAUCCAGGGACAGGAUGCAAAGGCAAAGUGGGUGCGUGCGAAGAGUAUGGCCGGAGGUGCAAGCACUGACCACACUAACAUGGGCCAGUGUAAUGGUAUAGGCUUCUUUAUGCAUUUUAGCACAGCCACUGGGAACCCUGGAGAUAAUGCUUACUUGGAGAGUCGACCCUUUUAUCCGAACAGAGGACAUCAAUGCUUGCAGUUCUACAUGUAUAACAGCGGGGGAGCUGAUGACCUGCUAAACAUAUGGGUUCAUGAAUAUAACAAUGACAGUCCUAAUGGAGUGCUGAGACUCAUUCAGACAUUCCGUGGUGGCCAGAGAAACUCCUGGGAGCUCCAUCAUGUGACACUAGAUGCGUCUCAGAAGUUUAGGGUUGUGUUUGAAGGGGUGAAGGGAACGGGCAUGUCCAAAGGAGGCCUCUCUUUGGAUGACAUCAACCUGUCAGAGACAGAAUGCCCUCAUCAUACAUGGCACAUCCAGAAUUUCACCAGCCUCCUCGCUACAACACCUGUUGGCACCAAGAUCUACAGUCCCACUUUCUUGUCUCGCGAUGGCUACUCUUUCCAGAUUGGUCUGUAUAUUAAUGGGAAAUCGAGCAGUUCUACCAAUAUGGCCAUGUACUUGCACUUGACUUCUGGUCCCAAUGACAGCCAAUUGAAAUGGCCAUGCCCAUGGAGACAGGCUACUGUAGCACUGAUGGACCAGCACCCAAAUAUUCAGCAACGUAUGGAUAAUCAAAGAUUGAUCACCACUGACCCCAGCAAGACCUCCACUGAUUCUCUGGGCAACGUGGAAUAUUUCUGGGAUGACCCACGGAAGGUGGGCAGUCUGGUACAAAAUCCAGACGGCACCUCAUACUACAGAGGACCAGGUACUGGCACCAGCUCUUUCAUCACACACAGUCGUCUAAGAAGUCGAGAUUUCAUCAAAGGAAAUGUCAUCUUUCUCCUUAGUCUAGAAGAUGUGACUGGACUUUUGGAGACUCAGCCUGUACCGGUACCACAGCCUGCUGCCUAAGUGGCUAAAUGCUCCAGCUGGCUCAAUUGAUACUGAAAAAUUGUCUUGGCAUCCAACGGCUAUGCAUUUAAUCCAAC